UGUCUGAUCUACUACCCUCCAAUCCCGAUGCCUCCAUAACAUGGCGCAGUCACGCGGUCAAACAAUUAACGCAAGUGUUACGUUGUUAAUGUGAGUGUAGUAUUGUGAGCGGGGCGGCAACAAAUAAAUAAACAAAAUGGAUGGAAACAAAUUGGCACCACUCCAAACAGCAGGUAAUCCAGCCGAAAAUUGGAAGAGAUGGAUUCAAAAAUUUGAAAUCUACGCGACCGCAAGUGAACUAAACAAAAAAGACGAAAAAAUUCAGUGUGCCCAAUUAUUGUAUUUGCUUGGGGAAGAGUGCAUUGAAAUCUACAAUUCCUUUGAAUUUAAGGAGGAAGAAAAGGACAAAUUUGAAACACUAAAGAAAAAAUUUGAAGAUUACUUCGUACCAAAAAAGAACUUGACCUACUGUCGACAUCGAUUCUUCUCGUCCAGGCAAGGAAAUGAAUCCAUUGAGCAAUUUGUAACGGAUUUAAAGAACAAAGCAAAAGAAUGCGAACUCGGAAACCUGCAAGAUGAACUAAUUAAAACGAUGUUAAUUACGGGAAUGAAAGAUGAACAAGUGAGAGAAAAACUACUUCAAAAAGAUGGAUCUUCGUUAACCCUUGAAAAAGCCAUUGAAUGUUGCAUCAUGACGGAAAAUGCGCGGCAACAAUUAAAAGAGAUGAAGACGUAUGCAAGGACACAGUCACAAGGAAAUGCACCGGAAAUAGAUGCAAUAAACAAGAAACGAGCACCGGCGAGAUCAAAGAAGUACGAAAAUCCCAGGAACGAGAGGCACUACGACCACUUCCAAGAACGGAACCCGAACAAACAAGGUAAUAAACUCAUAAAGGGAUGUUCAAGAUGUGGACGUGACCAUCCAAUGAAUAAUUGUCCGGCCUACGGGAAAAUUUGUAAUUUAUGCAAAAAACCAAAUCAUUUUGCAAAUUUUUGUAAAUUUAACAAUUCAAAAAGAAAAGUCAAUGAAAUUGAAUAUUGUAAUGACGCAGCAAGCACUUCAGCUGAUUAUUUUGUAAUUGAAAGCAUUGACUCAAUUGAAAAUAACAUAAGUAAUCCUAGUUUAAUAGACUUAGAAAUUAAUAAUAAAAUUAUAAGGUGUAAAAUAGAUAGCGGUGCAAGCGCUAAUGUAAUUUCAAAAACGACACUAAUAAAUUUAGAUUUUGAUUUAAGAAAAAUACAAAAAACAAAUGACAAAUUAGUUACGUUUACAGGGCAAAACAUUCCGCUUCUCGGAAAAUGUUAUUUAAAGAUAAAAUUUAAUAACAAAAGUUAUGAGACAUGUUUUUAUGUAGAAAAAGGCUCGCAUGAACCAAUAAUUGGUAUUCACACAAGUGUUUCGAUUGGACUUUUAACAAUAAAUGAAGAAAUUAAGGUAAUAGAUAAAAAGUCAAAUAAUUAUGUUCAAUUAACAAACAAGUACAAAGACAUUUUUUUGGGUAUCGGUAAAUUAAGUAAACCGUAUCAUAUAAAUAUUCAGAAAGACACAAAACCAAUCGUCAACCCAAUUAGAAGUGUUCCAUUUGCAUUAAGGGAUGAAUUUAAGCAAUGUUUAGAGGAAUUACAAAGAGCGAAUAUCAUUAAAAGAGUGGAAGGUAGCACAGAAUGGCUAAAUUCAUAUGUUUUAGUUAAAAAAGCUGACGGGUCAUUAAGAAUAUGUUUGGACCCAAAAUAUUUAAAUCAAGCAAUCAUAAAUCAAAGUUACAAGCUACCAAGUACAGACGAAAUAAUUUCAAAACUAAAAGACUCAAAAUUCUUUUCCACAUUAGACGCGGCAAACGGUUUUUGGAAUAUUCCUCUCGAUGACGAAUCAAGUAAAUUAUGUACAUUUGGCACACCUUUCGGUAGGUUUAGAUUUUUAAGAAUGCCAUUUGGAAUAAAAAUCGCAAGCGAGGUUUUUCAGGAAUAUUUCUACGACAUAUUUUCGAUGGAAGGCGUUGAAAUUUAUAUUGACGAUAUUUUAAUACACGCCAAAACAAAAGAAGAGCACGAUAUUAAAUUAGAAAAAGUUUUUCAGUUAGCGCGUAAGCAUAAUAUAAAAUUUAAUGCAAAAAAAUGUCUACUCGGUGCUAAUGAAGUUAAAUAUUUAGGUUACAAAUUUUCAGACAAAGGCGUAUCAAUUGAUGAAGAAAAAUUAGAGGCCAUAAAAAACAUGCCUUCUCCUACAAAUAAAAAAGAAGUGCAAAGAUUUUUGGGUUUAAUAACGUAUGUAGAUCGAUUCAUAAAAAAUCUUUCGGAAAAAACUCAUCCACUACGUGAAAUAAUUAAACGAGAAAAUAUUUUUUAUUGGGGGGAAGAACAACAAAAAACAUUUGAUGAAUUAAAAAAUCUUUUAGCUAAUAAACCGAUUUUACAAUACUUUGACGCAAAUAAAGAAAUCACUUUGUCGGUAGAUGCUUCGCAAAAAGGUUUGGGUGCAGUUUUAUUGCAGGAUAAUAAACCAUGUGCCUAUGCUUCAAGGGCAAUGACACAAACACAACAGCGGUACGCUCAAAUUGAAAAAGAGCUAUUGGUCAUCUGUUUUGGGGUAAACAAAUUUUAUCAGUACGUGUUCGGGAAAAAAUUUAACGUAGAAACUGAUCACAAACCAUUAAUCUCAAUUUUUAAGAAACCUUUAAAUGAUUGUCCAGCCCGGUUACAAAGAAUGCUUUUAUCAUUACAAAAAUUCGACAUAAACUUAAUUUAUAAGCCCGGGAAAGAAUUAAUAAUUGCAGAUCACUUAUCAAGAUCUAAUUUAAGUAAAGAGUUCACAGACAAUUUAAAUUUAGAACUACAAGUUUGUUUAAUUGAAAAAAAUUUAGUAAUAAAUGAUGAAUUAUUGUCCAAAUUAAUUAAUGAUUCUGAAAACGAUGAAGAAAUUAAACAAUUAAAACAUUAUAUAAGAAACGGUUGGCCUCAACAGAUUCAAAAAGUUCCAGUGGAAUUGAGAAAUUAUUUCAAAAUUAGGUCUCAAAUUACUGAAGGAAAUAACGGUUUGAUUUUCAUGUCACAACGCGUAAUCAUUCCUAAAUUAUGGCGUAAUAAAAUACUAAAUGACAUUCAUAUAGGUCAUCUUGGAGUAAAAAAAUGCAUACAGCGUGCUAAUUUAUCCGUGUAUUGGCCAGGUAUAUCCAUGCACAUUGAAAAUUUAGUAAGUCGUUGUCACAUGUGUAACACAUACGCAAAUUCAAAUAGAAAAGAACCCAUGAUCUCUCACAACAUAAUUAAGCAACCUUGGCAAAAAUUAGGAACCGACAUUUGUGAAAUAAAUGGUCAAAAUUACUUAAUUGUUGUAGAUUAUUAUUCCAAAUUUCCGGAAAUAAUUAGUUUAAACAAAAACUUAACGUCAAAAAAUAUAAUUAAAAAGCUAAAAUCAAUAUUUGCACGACAUGGAAUUCCAAAAAUUUUAAUCUGUGAUAGUGGCACAAACUACAUAAGUAAGGAAUUAAUACAAUUUUCAAAAGAAUGGAAUUUUAAUUUAAUAGCAGCCUCACCAAAACAUCAACAGUCAAAUGGUAUGGCUGAAAGAACCAUCCAAACUAUCAAAAAAAUAAUUAUCAAAACUGUUGAAAAUAACGAAGAUUUGUAUUUAGCUCUUCUGGCAUACAGAAACACUCCAGUUUACAAUAGUUUUACCCCAUCCCAGCUAUUAAUGUCUAGGUAUCUAAGGGAUAAUUUACCAAAUCUUGACAAAAAACUGGAACCACAAAUAAUUGACAAAAAAUUAUUUCACAAAAAGAUUGAUAAGGCGCAAAAUAUAAGCAAAAAAUAUUAUAAUCAAAAAGGAGUCAAAACUUUAAAUGAACUCCAACCGAACACACUUGUGCGCUACCAAGAAAAACCCAAAAGUAAAUGGGAAUUAGGUCACAUUGUUAAAAAAAUUAGAGAUAGGACUUAUGAAAUUAAAAAAGGGGAUGGAAGAUGUAUAAUUAGAAAUCGGAUUUACAUCCGACCAACAAUAGAAAAAUCAGAAACACUUAUACAACCUCCUGAACCUAAACCACAUUAUGUUCACUAUAAUUCAGAUUCUGAGGACGAAACUGUAGAUAUAAGUGAUGUAUUAGAACAAAACGGUGACUUAAAUCAAUCGGAACAUAGUACGGAAAUUGCAAGUGAUGAAAAUGACAGUGCAUCUGGUGCUAGUGACGAAAAUAAUAGUGCAAGUGAAAUUUUGGACUGUAACACGAACAAUACCGGAAAUAUCGAAACCGAAAAUAAACAAAAAGACUGUAGUGCGGUAAAGUACACCAGGUCCGGUCGUAGAAUAAGUAAACCAAGUAGAUUUAAGGAUGUUGGAAAAUAAACUAAUUAAUACAUACGUUUGUUAACUGUUAAAGAAAUAAUAACAUAAAAAAGGAGAUUUUGCAUGCUACGAAUUUAGAUGUUAUGGAAUGUUAGUCUGGUAAUGUUAAUAGAUAAGUUUGUUACCAUUUCUUUAUUUUGUUUUAUAAGGAAAGGAGAUGUCAUGAUAUACAUGUAUGUUUGGUUGCAUAACUUGUAGAUAUUGUAAAUAUUGGAACUUUAAAAUAAAAUCAGUCUUCAACUGGC